UUUGGUUUGGAAUACAAUAGUUGGUGUGUGCUGGUAAUGAAUGGAUUUUACAAAAUCGUAGAAAGUUUGUUAGAUUGUUUGUUUUUACUUGGUAUCUGUGCGGAGUGUAACAGAAAUCCGUGUGUACUGAACUGAUAUGGUUCACGGCUUUUAAUGGCGGAUCGUCACACAGAUCCCAAAACCAAUGAUUCCAACACUCCUGUGAAAAAUUCAAAACAGUCGCAAAAUUCUCCCCAGACGAACGCCGUUGAACAUUUUGAAAACCAUGGAGUACAACCUGGUUCGGAAAGGUUACAAAACGUCCGCAGAAGGUUAAACUUCGACGAGAAGAAUCAAGACAGUGAUUACGAUUCAGAUGAUGCCUCUUUUCGUUGUGAUCAGAAGGAAGCAGAAGAAAAAAGGAUGAAGUGGAAUUUUGAUUUUAAAAAUGAAAUCCCACUGAAUGGAGACUGGGUCUGGGAGAGGGUUGCUGUGGAAUAUCCUCAGGCCACAGAUAUAGUUUCUUCUAUGAUGGAAGAAGACCAGAAUAGGAAUAUUUAAAAUAUGACUGAGUAUAUUUUUAUACAAGACUUAAUUCUAGAAUUUAUAGAUUUAGGUGGCCUUAUGAUGACAUAAUGAUGAUAAAGAAAGGAGUUUUUCAGGUCAUGUCAAAUCGUUUCAUUUUAAACUGAACAAAGUAUUAUAAAAUAAAUAUAUAUAACACAAAAGUUGUCACUUAACUUGUCGAAAAAAACUAACUUAUUGUAUCUGUGACAUAAGAAUUUGUACAAUAAGGAAGAAAUAAUUAAUUUUGAUACUUUGAAUUCAUACCAAACUUAAACAAUUCAUUUUUCAGCUUUAUUUGUUGUGUAACUAAUGUUUACCAAAACAAUUAUACCCCAAUAUCGGUUUUCAUUAGACUAGUUUAUUAACUAAGAAAAGUGUCUUUACCAUACUUUCUUAAUUUUAACUUUUAAUGGCCACUUGUGGCCUAAAAAAUGGCAUACAAACAUUUCCAUAAACAUUUCCAUACUGUGCGUUAAAUUAAUGGUACACAAUAAGUAUCUACUUACAAACUGUUGUUCAUAUGUGGGCCAAAAUAUGCAAUGAUUCUACCUGGUGUGUACGUUUAUGAACACAACUACAUGAAGUUUUAAUGCUUAUUUCGGUCGGUUCAGUUUGUGCGUAAAUUCUGGCGGAACAGUUUGGUACUUCGCCAAUACAUUUACUUAAUUUUCGGUACUGUUAUGAUAAUAUUCGGCAGACGGUUUUAUCCACUGGAAAUCAUUUAUUUAAUAGCGCUUAGUUGUGUUUGAUUACAAUAUAGUAAAAACGUGAAAUGACGAAACAAGUAUUGAACCCAGAUGUAAUUGAAGAAAUUAUUAAAAAUAUGAGUUGAGUAUGAAUUUAUUGUAGAGCAUGAUGAUUCUGUCGUGGACCCAAAUUUUGAUAUAACAUGUUAUAAUGACCAAACUUUAAGUUUACAAAAUUAUAUUGAACCAGAGGCAGAUAUAAUUUCAAAUUGAGAAAAUGGCGAUGAUUUUGUUUCCUCACGGAAAAACAUUCUUGUAAAAUGAUUUUUUCGAGAUUUUUUUUUUCAUUUUUUCUUUCACCUGAUUCUUACAAAUAUUACUAUAUUGAAUUGUAGAUAGGUAAGGUUAGGUUAGAUUAUCAGAUUGCAAUCCUGAAACAAAUUCUGGAAAAAACACUGGAAUAUUGAAUUAAUACCCAUCACAUAUUUAUAGACUACAAAGCAACCUACGACUCUGUGAAUGGAAGAGAAAUGUCCAAAGUAAUGAAAGAGCUAGAAUAUCAAAUCACUUGGUAAAUUUAACUAAACUAAGACUUGAAAAAGCUGAAUUCAAAGUAAGAAUUCAAGGAGAGCUCAUUUUAAUAAGCAAAAUGAUCCCCACCCUGAUCCCCACCGACCUAAAGGUCGGUGGGGACCAGGUUGCAAACAACACACAUGGUUCAGAAGAAGGAUCUUUAUGUGUAAUCUAACCAGCAUGAGUGCCUACACGCUGAAUAGCGUACGACACCAGAAGAAGGCUAAAAUCCGAAAACACUUCAUUUUUAUUUCACAGCCUUCUCUAAUUAGGUUUUUUUCACUAGGUCUAUAGUUAUACUCUUGUAAUAAAGGAUUUUAAUUCUUUAGAUGGAUCAGUAUAAAUGUCAACGAGGAUAUGAAUAUCGUUCUAUACCAAGACUUUUUAUUUGAAGUUUACUUUUUACCUUAUAAGGUUAAUAUUUAAGGUUAUUAAUUCCUUUGUAUAAAAUACUUCUUUUGAUUUAUAACAAAGGGAUUUUUGUACAGUUAAAAAUGUAAGUGACACACAUGACAUGAAAUGAAUCUGUGGAUUUAUAAAGAAUUAUAAAUAAAAUACAGUACUAAUGUAGCACUAAUACAUUUGUAUAAUGCAAUGUUGUAUUCGCGAUUUAUAGGUCGUGGUCUGGAAUGUUUUCUUUCUGACCUCCAAAACAAAAUAAGAAACAAGUUACAGGUUUUAGUUAAAUUCGCUUUAAAGAAAAAAUAUCUUAGGUUCAGAUUUUAUCAAAAAUGUACAUAAUAUUUGUAUUAUUUAUUACUGAUUUAUUUUAGGCACAGUUUUUAUGAAGGAAAAAGCAGUUUAUUAUUUUGAGUCAUCCGGAAAAAAUUGCAUAAUGAAUUAUUCUUAUCUAAAUUGCAAAUAACUAUAUUAUUAUAAAUAAAAGAGAUAUUUUUAAAGUUAUGUUGGCGAAUACAUUCCUUAUUUUCUUACACACCUUGCAAAUAUUUUAUAAAGUAUGUGAUUGUUAUAUUCAUUUAAGAGAAAAUAUAAAUAUGAAUGUACCGACAAUUUCGUCUUUAGAUAAGUCGCAUAAUAGAUGGAAGCAAUAUAUUGAGAAAUAUUUGUUUAUUAUGAUCAUUGGUUAAACAGCAGAUAUGACGUACAUUAGACAUAAUUUCAGGAACAAAAAGCUAACAUGGAUAUUUUAGUACUUACUGAGACUAAAAAGCAGAGACUGUAGAAGAGUCCACAAUUUUUUCUCCCGAAUGCCUUAAGAUAAGAGCCCAGCAAGGAUUUUUUCUUUAUAAAAAUUGUUUUUUAAUGCACUCUUAAGCUAGUAUAGUAUAUAUAAAAGUCUACUAAUUAUAUCGAUAUUAAGAAUUUUAGUUAUUUAUUUUUGUCAAAAAUUAUGUUACAUGUCUUACAACAUGGAGGCAAGAAACUAUUGCAAGUUAAAAUAUUUUAUAACAACUGAACCAAAAUAUAAUAAAAAAAAACACACAAUAUGAAUAUCUUUCUUUAUUAAUUAAGUCAAAUAAUAUGUUUUCAAAAAUUUUUUUUUAGAAAUCCUUAUUGCAAUUGGAAUAUACUUGGGGUCGUCUAUGCCUCAGGGGCAACUAUUUUUCAGUCUCUAAUAAAUUCACUUUGAAAAAUUGAAGGCAAAUACCGAGCACAAUUUUAAUAAUCAAAUCUUGCCCAAGUACUUUCGCUUUUUUACAGCAUAAUCAUCGUUUCUUGGCUUAUUUCAGAUGCCCCUGAUGAUUUACCCCAUUAAAAAAAACGUUUCUUGGCUAAUUUCAGAUGCCCCUGAUGAUGCUGUAAAAAGCCUUGGGCAAGAUUUGGUUAUUAAAAUUGUUCUCGAUAUUUGCCUUUAAUUUUUCAAAGUUCAUUUAUUCGAGCAUUCAACCUUAUAUCUAAUAAAUUAGUUUAAAUGAAGGAAAUCCAUCGAGCAAAAGGACAACAGAGGGAAUCUCAUCGAGAAAAAAGACGGAAGAGGGAAUGUAAAGGUAGUGGUGGCAAAAAUAUUGUUAGACGGGAAGUGCCAGUUUCAGUGGUCACAUUAAAC